AUGGAUUUUUUGUCUGUGAAAGAGAACCUUUGGUGGCGCUGCACUGUGGUGUAUGGAUCAAAUGAGAGGUCUUUAAAACCUGCCUUUUGGGAGGAACUUAGAACAUGCAUGUGUUCUACUAAUAUCCCUUGGGUUGUUUGUAGGGACUUUAACGCCAUUUUUUCCAUAGAUGACAAACGGGGUGGGGAUCGUAACUUGAUGGACAUUAGGGCGGCAACCGGCUUCCUGCAGGAUAUGAUGCUUUUGGAGCCACCUACGAUUGGGAGAGGGUUUACGUGGACGAAUGGUCAAGAGGAUCCGAUUUGGGUAAAGCUUGACAGAUUCCUUAUCAGUUUUGAGUGCACAGUAAACUUCCCUAAGAUAAUUCAGAAAUGUCUACCUAGAAUGGGUUCGGAUCAUGUCCCUAUUUGGUUGGAGGUGGGGAUGCAUCUGUCCAAGCCCAGACCCUUCAGAUUCGAAUUAGCAUGGACCACGAUUGAUGGUUUUCAGGACCGAAUUGCUCAAUGGUGGAAUUCCACGUCGCCUGAGGGCUGUGGGGCAUUUGUAAUGGCUAAAAAUGUGUCUGCUUUGCGGGAGCAGCUCCGACGCUGGGCCAAAUUUUCCUUUGGAUCAAUCAAACUAAAAAAACAGCCCACCCCUAUUGAGGUGCAACAGGAACAGGUGCUGAGGGAGAAACUUUGGGAGACUCUCAAACAUGAAGAGAUUUACUGGAAGCAGAGAUCCCGAUUACUUUGGUUAAGGGAAGGAGAUGAGAACACAAAACUUUUCCAUGCCACGGUGAAUGGUCGUAAAAAUAGGAAUUUCAUCAAUUCCUUACGACAGGAGGGUUUGGAGUUCACUACUCCACAGGUGAUUGGCAGGGUGUUCACUGAUCGUCUGCACCAGCAGUUUGGGUCUAGGAUGACUUCUAGAUAUAAGAUUUAUUUGCAAGCUCUUAUGGAGCAUAAGAGCCCGGUGGACCUGACUCCACUGGAGGGAGCUGUCUCUCUUGAGGAAGUGAGGGAGGCGGUAGUCGAUUUGGGUGGCGAUAAGGCGCCGGGCCCAGAUGGAUUUCCGAUUCAAUUCUUCAAACAGUUCUGGAAUACUAUUAAAUUGGAUCUUUUACAUCUUCGUGAAGAUUUCUUUGAAGGGAGAGUGAAUCUUGAAAGGAUUAACUGGGCAAGCAUUGCCCUCAUUCCCAAAGUGGCGACUCCGGAGGGACCUGAUGAUUGUAGACCCAUUAGUUUAAUCAACUCCACACUUAAAAUUCUAUCAAAGAUCCUUGCGACAAGGCUCAGCAAGGUGAUGGAUAGGCUGGUGGAUGCAGAACAAUCAGCAUUCCUCAAAGGGAGAUGUAUCUUGGAGAAUGUUGCGAUGGCAGAGGAGUUAAUUUUUAGCAUUAAUAACAGAAGGCUGCUAGGGCAUAUCCUUAAAGUGGAUUUUACAAAGGCCUUUGAUCACGUCCAUUGGGAGUUCUUGUUUAACUUACUGAAUGCGAGGGAAUUUGGGGACCGUUGGAUUGGAUGGGUGAAGUGCAUCCUAUCAUCGUCAAAGGCAAAUAUUCUGAGCAACGGUUCACCCAAUGGCUACAUUCGCUACAAUUGUGGCUUACGUGCAAUGUUCACCCAUGCUUUGAAAUCUAAGGUUCUGAUGGGUGUUCCACUUGGUAGCUAUGGGAACCGGUGUAACCUCCAUUAUGCGGAUGACUUACUUAUUUUGACGACUGGUGGAUUGGAGGUCCUAAGACUUGUCAAAUUGCUCCUGUUUGUUUUCGAGGGCAUGACUGGUCUUGCAUCCAAUUUCUCUAAAAACUGUUUGUAUUCUAGCAAAUGGGGUGAUCUUCCGACGAAGGAGGCCACGUUGCCGACAUACUGGAUGUCUAUUUUUCGCCUCCCGGCUUGGGUUAUAAAGAAGAUUGAUCAGCUUAGAAGAGAUUUUUUGUGGACGGGCCCAGAUAUUGAUAACCUGGCCUGUAGACUGGUUAGUUGGAAAAACCUCUGUCGUCCUAGGGACCAUGGUGGGUGGGGCAUUCUGGAUCUACAAACUUUCAAUCACGCACUCCUUGGGAAGUGGUGGUGGAAAUUUAUAGCGAAGGACAACUGGUGGCUGUCGGAGGUGAUUCGCUUUAAUUAUUCAUUGGCACACUGGGACUUGUUCCCUAGACGGAUUGGCAGGAUGUCAUUUAUUUGGAGAGGGGUUAUCAGUUGCGUCCCUGUCUUACGUGCUUGUAUCUCACAUGAGAUUCGUACUGGUCAAAAAACGCUAUUUUGGAAAGAUCCCUGGCUUAAUGGCAUCACUCCGAGGUACAUUUGGCCAGAGCUGUUUUGUAAUUCUCCUCAUCAGAAUGCUUCGGUUUGUGACCUUGCACAUUUGCUGACAACGAGGCCUUUCACGGAAUGGGCGGAGGGUUACUCGUCGCGGGUGAUGCUAAGGAACAGCGGGGAAGGUAUAAGGGAUACCAAAUCUUGGAAUCUCACUAGGAAUGGCACUUUCUCAGUGAAGUCAUUGCACAACUUUAUGAUUGAUGGGGGGUUGGGUUGCCCUGUUUCUCGGUUCUUCUGGAAAAGCAGAUGCCCGAAAAAGAUAAACCUUUUUAAUUGGUUGGUUUGGAAGGAUUGGAUCCCUUCUUUGGAGAAUCUCGAAAAGCGGAGAUGUUGUUGCAUUUACCAGACCCCCCCUAAUUCAGUGACCAAUAUUUGGGGCUCUUGGAGGUUAUCUUUACGACACGCCCAGAGGGACAUUGGUGAUCUUGUUGUGAAAGCUAUUGUGUGGAAUGUAGGGCUAGCUAGAAAUGACUGUGUUUUUAAUGUCACUGUUAUGCCAGCACAUGCUAUAAUCCUGAAAAUUGAUCGCAUUUUAUCAUUCUGGUGUUCUUUAGACACUGACAGCGCACAAGAACGCAUGGACGACUCUUUGAGGUGCAUCCGUCGCAGUUUGGAGUUCCUAGGUCCAAGGGCGGAGGAACUUAGCGUGAUUGCGGAGUCUGACGAGGUUCAUGUUCCUAGGGAGGAGUAG